AGUUUGUCUUGGUUUGCGAUUGGUUGCUUUGGGCCUUAGGCAAAGUGGACGUCUUCGCAGGAAGAAACAGAAAUCUACUUAAACUUGGUUAGCACUGUCUGGUCGACAUUUAACCGAUAAACAUUUUCACCGUCAAGCUGUUGAUUUGCAAACUAGAUCUAGAUCUAGAUCUAGAGAUCAAGUGUUCCUCUACAAAAGUCGGCCUGGUACACUCAGUAAAAAAUACACCCGCCAGUCUUUUCCAUUCGUUGACUACAUCUAGAUCUACUACCAACACAACUGGCCGUCAGCGUUGAGCUUUUUUGUUCUCCAGAAUGGCCAGUGAUCCGUGCAAUGGCAACGAAGUUGACCUUUUUUUGCUGGGGAAGACCGGCCAUGGGAAAAGCUCCACGGGCAACUCCAUCCUGGGCCGAGAGGCGUUCUGUGUGUCGGAUAGCUCCGACUCGGAAACCUACGUGGUGCAGGUGGGCUGGGCUCGCAGAUGUGGCCGGCAAGUCAAGGUGGUGGAUGGACCUGGUGUUUGCGAGACCCGGUUAGACAAAGGGAGCGCCGCCAAGAAGAUGUGUGACGACAUGGCUCAGGGUAUCCUGCAGUGCCCGCAAGGCUUUCAUGCCCUGAUACUUGUGCUCAAGUAUGGAAACAGGUUCACGGAAGAAGAACUCUCCACUGUCUCUAUGCUCAAGUCCUUGUUUGGAGAGAAUUUUGUGAGAGAUUACUGCAUCCUCAUCUUCACGCAUGGAGAGUUGUUUGAUAUGAACAAUCGACGAAACCCAAAACCGUUUUCUCAGUGGUGUCAAGAGCAAACUGGAGCACUGAAAACUGUGUUUGAAGAAUGUGCCUAUAAGGCUGUAUUGUUCUACAAUAUUGAUGAAACGAAAGCCGACUCGCAGCUGGAAGAACUAUAUUCUUUGGUGGAUGGGCUGAAGAGCAAGGGCAAACGGUAUACAAAUGAAAUGUUUGCUAAAGUUGCCAAGGACAGAGAGCAGUUAAUAGUUCGAGAGAACGCACCCCAACUCAGAGAAACAAUUCAGGCCAAAAUUGACCUUCUCAUUGACGGUGUUAACAGUGUUAAAGAAGCGACAGAGCUAGACGCAGCGACCAAAGAAAGAUUGGACUUGUUGAGAGAGGACGCCCGUGCUUUGGAGGUAGAAAUUUCUGUCCAGGACAAGGGUACCAGCGUGCUGGACAGCCUGAGACAAGUUGUGGUCAACAUACAAGAGAGCGUCGCGAGCCAGGAGAGAGCCUUGGUUGAGCGCAAAGACAAAGAAGCCAGCGAGAAGGCGCUCCAGGCGGCCAAAAAACAAUACAACCAGAGUCUGGACCAACUCAGACAAGAGCAGAAAAAGAGGAAGAAGAGAGGAUUCUGGGGAUUUAUCUCGGACGUGGGCAAUUUCCUCGGUAAUCUGUUCAAAUUUUGAGGCCAGAUCUCAUGGAGGCCCAUAAGUGUAGUGACAGACCACCCACGGGAUGACAUUCUCAUACAUGUUAUAUGAUGUGAACUCCACUCUAGAGACAAUUGAAGACACGUGAAUUCACUGAACAGCUCUAUGCGCCGGGCAUUUUUAUUUCUGUUUUGAUUUUUACUGAGAAUGAUACUAUUGUAACUUUUGUUGAUUGUAUUAUUAUUAUAUUCAAGAUUUUAAAAAUAUUUUGUAUGAUAAGAAAAGAAGUGUACUGAGUUUUCUACGAAAGAAUGAAUGAUAAAAUUGAUAGUAUGUGUUAAAGUGUAUGCUUCCAGAAACAAUAUAUAUAUAUCUAUGUACAAACUAUUUCUGAAAUUUUCAAAAUAAGAAGUAAAGUAAACGAACUGCCUCUGCAGAUUCUCAAAUUAUAUAUUGCCCGUAGGUGCUCUUUAGAAAUUAGAAAAUAAAGGCAUAAAAUUAUGUAUGUAAACAGAUCUUAACUUUCAGUCAUUGCCACAAACUAUUUGGCCUCACAAAGUUCAGUUGUUGUUUAUGUUCUGUUCAUUUUAUACACAUUGAAAAAAGGUCAAUGGAUAAACAGGUUGAAGACACACCCAAACAAGCUCUCAUGGCAUCAUCGCAAUAUCUCCACAAUUACAAAAAAGUAAUAAUAAAUCGCUUUACACAGUGUGAAGAGCAUCGUCCUUAUCUAGAUGUGAAAAAGACGAAGGAGCUAAUCAAAGAUUUCAAAAUAAAAAAA